AGGAUCUAUGCUGUAGACGUGUAGAGCCAGGGAGGCUUCUUCAACUCUUCAUGUGCAUUUAUCUGCUUCUGUUCAAUUGACUCCUCCCGCCCCCAUCAGACUAUGCCACGAAAACGAUACUCGAGCCCCCGACCCGCCUUGCCACGACAGAGCAUCGAUGUCUGGCGUUCGGCUGUGGACUCUGUCAGCGCUGAAGGACCAAAGCAUUUCGAUUUACAUGUAAUCAUCGAGUACAAACCUGAAAAGGCAGCUAGGUUCAGGGCACUUCCCCAGCAGGAACAAGUAGUCGACCAAGCAAGAAAGGACCUAAACGUCUUGGGCCUCUCAUUUCCCAAGACACAGAACAUCAGGCGUGUUCUGGGAGAUCUUCUCUAUUUAUUUUGGCUGGACAGUGCAUGCAAGAAUGGGCUACAUAAACUACGUCAAUCGUACCAAAGCGCUGCGAUGUUGACCGUCAGCAAGAGCAAGAAACGAGACAGUGUAGAUAUACUUACUAUAGUUGUUACACAAGUUGACGCUGGAAAACCCUUCGACGUUCAUUCAAUAUUAAACGACUCGCCUGAACUUCAACCUCUGGACCCCCAGUCUGAACAACCCCGGCUCGAGUCUCCGUUGUCACUGCUCCUAUCUCCCGCCCCCUCGAGACCAUGGUGGGUACCCGACGACCAAUCGCCCGACUAUGUGCCUCCGCUGGACAUCCCUAACUCUCCCCGCGCGUCUUCUCCCGAAGUUCAGUCACCUCCAGAGCUCCUCGGCGCUACUUCCAUCCGGAUUCAAUCGGGACAAGCGUUUGUCGGACAACAGCCCGCCAGCGCCUCCCGCGUCGCAGUUCACGCUCAAGUUGCCAACCCUUCUACAUCCUUCCCCCGCUACAAAUCGCCCUCUAUCGAGCCAGGCGAAGUAUCAGAGAUGCUCAUUACGCCAUCCAUGUGUCACGCGGGUACCCAGACAUCCCCCUCAUCGUCGCGGUAUCCUCAAAUUCUCUGUGAAUUCGGAAACGAGCCGUUGAGGCAUAACCCUGAGAUAGGUUUUGAAACUUUCCCAUAUCCUAGACCGGCUGGGGACCCUUGCGCGUCUAGCUGUGAUACUCUCCUAGAUUCUGGUGAUACCCUUUCAAUGUUCGUUCCGCCUACCGAUGAAUCAACAAAGGAAGCCAAAGAGACCAUCGACCAACUCGUUCGCCAGUUUCAAGAGGCCCAAGAGGAGGUUCAGAUGGCCCAGGUCCGCUCUCGCCGGCUUGCUCGUCAAUUGGAGCGCCUUGGGGCGCGAAAGUCGACUUUUCCAGUCGGUGAACGACAAAGAGCAUGCGAAUGCGACGCGUCUGACACGUCGGAAGCAUUACGCGUCGAGCGGCGUCGGCGUAUCCGUGCAGAACAAGCGCUCGCAGAAGUCUCCGCUGAACGCCAGGCACCUUUCAUCGUCCCAGCAUUGCUCGAGGCUUUUAAGGAGAUCUCUGCGCUAAGAGAAGCUGAUACCUUCCUCAACAACGUUGAGAGUUAACGCCCUAAGAUACUACUGACACAGGUUUCGCUUAAUGUACGGCAAGAACUUAACAUGGGCCUCAUCCACUAUACUUACCUACUUUUAUAUAUUCUAUCAUAUUAUGUAGCCUUAGAUUUCGCAGAGUGAUAGCAUCCUACCAUGGUCCUACGGUUGAAUCUCCACCAUGUGUGUUGAUCCGCGCAUCGAACGUCCACGUGAUAUUUGUUCUUACGUUUAACUGUGUCGACGCCACGAGUCUCUACUCCAC